GGAUUUGUGUAUAUAAAUAGUGAUGAACAUUAAUUUAAAUAAUUUCAUUAUUAAAGUAUAUAUAAUACUAUAAGGUGUUUGGGAGCUUUCAGUUUUCGGUCGGGAUCAAAAGAACUAAUUGAAAGUGAUCUGUGAUAAUGAAGUACGCCACAUUUCUGAUUGCACUUUCAUGUGCAGUAGCUCAAAUAUAUGCAGCCGAAGUCCGUCUUUUGGACUUGGAACCAACCGACGCACAACAAAUCAUCGAAAAGCAAGAUCAAUCUCUUACUUACGCACCGAAAAUCGAAUCAAGCGUACCAGCUGUCAGAUUCCUUGGCGAAGAACCACAUAACGUUUUGGAAGACAUUUAUCUAGCUAAACAAUACCACGGACAAGAUGGUCUUGGAGGUUACCUAUACGGAUACAACGUCCCAGACAUUGCCAAAACUGAAAAGAAGAAGGCUGGAGGAGAUUUGAGGGGAGCUUACAAUUAUAUUGCAGGAAAUGGACAAGAAAUCAAGGUUGAAUAUUGGGAUGAUGGUACCGGUUUCCAUCAAGUGGACAAUGUGCCAAAAAUUUUGCCAAAGCAAAUCGACGACCUCCCUGCCGUAAAGGCCGCCAAAGAGGAACACUUGAGACUCUGGAAAGAACAAGCUGAAAGAAACUCUCAUCCAGUUGCUUAUCCUUACAACAGCGAAGGUCAAUACGCAUCAGGACCAUUGUCCGCUCAAGGACAACUUGAGAGAGCUAAACUAUUCGCUCAACAGCCACAAUAUCAACCACAACCACAACAACAAUAUCAACAGCCACAAUAUCAAGUUAGCCAGACUCAACAAUCUACUCAAUACCAACAAGCCCCAGCCGUACAGCCUUUGCAACCCCAGUACCAAGCAAGCCAAACUCAACAAGCCACCCAAUACCAGGCCGCCCCAGCUGUGCAGCCUUUGCACGGCCAGGCUUCCAACGAAGACGGUCAGUACGUGCCGAACGACGAUGAAGGCAAAUACGUCCCUGGUAAAGACGAAGAACCACAAGGACCACCAAAAGGAUUCUUCUACAGCUUCGAUUAUCCAGUUGGUAUCAUUGUUUCUGACCAAGGUAGGGCUGGAUUUCAUCCCCAACAAAAACGCGAAGGGGACAUCCAUCAAAUUUACUCCGAGAACAAGCAAGCUUUCGAGAAACAAUUGCAGGCUGGAACCGGCGUUGGUCAACAAUAUUCCUAUGUUAAACACUGAGGUGAUGUAAUUUUUGCAAUAAAUUCAUGAGCCAUAAUUUAUUUAAAUUUUAAUUUAUUCUAAUUUAGUGUCGGUCUCGAAUAAAGUUCAUUUUUGUA